CGCUACGUUGUAAUCCUUUAUUUCUUCCUUUCUCUUUCUCUUUUCUCUUGGAAAUAAUACCCAACCACUGCAUUGAUCAAGAUGCCUGAAAUCAACGCCAUCCUCUUCGACUGCGACAACACCCUCGUUCUCUCCGAGGAGCUCGCCUUCGAGGCCUGCGCAGACCUCAUCAACCAGAUCUGCGCCGAGCGCAACGUCCACGUCAAGUUCACCGGCGAGACGCUGAUCCAGGAGUUCGUCGGCCAAAACUUCCGCGGCAUGCUCACGACGCUGCAGAAGACGCACGGCAUCGAGAUUGCGCCCGAGGACCUGGAGAAGUACGUCUUGGCCGAGGAGGACGCCGUCAUCGCCAAGCUCAAGGCCGCGCUGAGGCCGUGCGUCGGCGUCGACGAGCAGCUCGAGGCGCUGCAGCGGAGCGGCAAGUACCAGCUGGCCGUGGUGUCGUCGUCGGCGCUCCGGCGGGUGCGCGCGUCCAUUGAAAAGGUCGGCCAGGACAAGUUCUUCCCCGGCGACGUGGUGUUUUCCGCGGCGACGUCGCUGGAGAAGCCCACGAGCAAGCCCGACCCGGCGAUUUACCUGCAUGCGCUCAAGGUGCUGGGCAAGGCGGCCGGCGAGAGCGUGGCCGUGGAGGAUAGCAAGAGCGGCACUCUGAGCGCCACGAGGGCGGGCAUCAAGACGAUUGGGUAUGUCGGCCCGUAUGCCGCCGACAAGCAGGAGGAGAUGGAGGGCGUGCUGCGGAAUGCGGGCGCGGUGGUGAUUAUGCGCGACUGGAGCGAGUUUCCGGCUGCCCUGGCCAAGAUUGAGAAGGGCGAGGUUUAGAUUGGCUUCAUGUAUCUUUUUUAUUUUGGUUUAUUCUGCAUUAUGGGUUAUGCCCUUUGAAGGCUUGGAAUUGGGUUCUUUUUGCUCGUUGGCUUGGUUCAUAAAGGAGAUCAAGACAGAAACACCAACAUGGCAAGCUAGAUAUGAAUAGAUAUGACGGAACGAAUUUGACGCUUCUUG